ACAACCCUUGUUUCGGCCUCCUUUAUAUAAUCCUCUCGAAUCUCAUACCGUUCUCUUCUGAGCUUCUUGAAACCCUAGCGAGCGGGCGGCGCUUGGAACUGAUCCUCGUAGAUCUCAGGAGUUCCAUCUCUCUUCAUUCAAAAAUGGGGAAAACUCGUGGUAUGGGAGCUGGGCGCAAGCUGAAGACCCACCGAAGGAACCAGAGGUGGGCUGACAAGGCAUAUAAGAAGAGUCACCUUGGUAACGAGUGGAAGAAGCCAUUUGCUGGCUCUUCUCAUGCCAAGGGCAUUGUCUUGGAAAAGAUAGGUAUUGAGGCAAAGCAGCCGAACUCUGCCAUCCGUAAGUGUGCUAGAGUUCAGUUGAUCAAGAACGGGAAGAAGAUUGCCGCCUUUGUGCCAAAUGAUGGUUGCUUAAACUACAUCGAGGAAAACGAUGAAGUGUUGAUUGCUGGAUUCGGUCGUAAGGGGCAUGCCGUUGGUGAUAUUCCUGGAGUCAGGUUCAAGGUUGUGAAGGUAUCAGGUGUGUCCCUUUUGGCACUCUUCAAGGAGAAGAAGGAGAAGCCUAGAUCUUAGAGAGUUUUUGUCCCGAUCUCUGGACUUUGCAUGAGUAUAUGCUUUGUUGAGUUUAGCGUUUGAUUUUGUUGUAGCACUUUCUUUUUCCUCAGAACCUCUGAACAUAUUGAAAUGAUGUUUAAUCUUGAUUGAAGAGAGAUGGCAACAAUCUUUAUCGUGCUAGUGUCCAUUUUGUC